AUGGCGCCGGGCAUUAAACGCAAGGUCAAUCGCGAGAAUCAUCAGUUUCAAGAAGUGGAAGUGUGGACUAACAAGUACUGUUUUGUGCAACAGAACAACAGCAUUAUUUGCCUUUUGUGCAAUGGAACAAUAGCAGUGCCAAAAGAAUUCAACCUGAAGCGACAUCAUGAAAGCCAACACAAGGAUUUCCUUCUGCAAGGUACGGAACGCAAACGGAAAAUCGAAUCGUUACGACGAUCACUAAUCAGCCAACAAAAUGUGUUCAAGAAACAAUCUGGAGAAUUGGAUGCGGCUGUUGAAGCCAGCCUAGAAAUAUCUGCUUUAAUAGCCAAGAAUGGGAAACCUUUCACAGAUGGCGAUAUGAUAAAAAAGUGUCUUAUCAUCGCAAUUGCAAACUGUGCUUAUUUUUCUUUGGCUGUGGAAGAAUCCACUGACAUAUCAUCAACAGCACAAGUGAUUGUGUUUAUUAGAAGUGUUUCACUAGAUUUUAUUGUGAAUGAAGAAUUUCUUGGCAUGGCAUCACUUUCUGGACAUACAACUGGUGCUGACUUAUUUACUAGUUUAUUGAGCGUUUGCAACAAAUCAGCACUGGACUUUGACAAGCUAUCCAGCAUUGCCACCGAUGGAGCACCAUCUAUGGUUGGAUGUGAGAAUGGCAUGGUCACCUUGCUGAAAAACCACCUUGGGGACAGGCAAAAGGAGUUAGUCCAGUAUCAUUGCAUAAUUCACCAACAGCAACUUUGUGCAAAGAAGCUGGGAUUUGAACGUCUGCUGAAAGAUGUAUAUGAUACUGUGAACUUAAUCCGCCGUCAUGGACUCAACCAUCGACUCUUCACAUCAUUUCUUGAAGAAAUAGAUGCUGAUUAUGCUGACCUGCCCACGUAUACUGAAGUUCGUUGGCUGAGCAAGGCAACAGUCCUCAAGAGAUUUGUGGAGCUAUUGGGGCCUAUUAUCACUUUCCUCAAAGAACGGGGGAACACUACAAGGAAUUUGGAGGGACAAAGAUGGCAGUGUGAUUUAGCUUUCCUUGCUGACAUUACUGCUUAUCUAAACGACCUUAAUUUGAGAUUGCAGGGAAAGAUGCAACUUGUUUCUCAGUUGACAAGUAACAUCAAUGCAUUUAUGACCAAACUAUCACUUUUCAAGUCCCACAUGCAAUCAGAAAACUUUACACACUUUCCACAUUGCAAGGCCAUGAAAGAGAAAUACCCACAUAUGAAGAUGGAUUACUCUGACCAAGUUUACACCCUCCUUACAUCAUUCAAUGAGAGGUUUGGUGAAUUCCAGAAAUUCAAGAUCUACCUGCAACUUUUUUCAACUCCAUUUGUUGUGAAAGUGGAAGAUGCCCCUCCAGAUGUCCAUCUUGAGUUGAUAGACAUCCAGUGCAGUGAUAAAUUGAAAUCACAGUUUAAAAAUUCUAAUCUCCUCACAUUCUACAAAGAACUGUCUGAUACAUCAUUUCCAAAACUGAAAGACAAUGCUCGAUUUUGUGCAAGCAUGUUUGGCAGUACCUAUGUAUGCGAACAAGCAUGUUCGCUUAUGAAUUUAAACAAGUGCAAAACACAGAACAGUUCUCUGUGGAUAUCAGAAGCUUCAGAGCAGUGGGAAUAA